AUGGAGCUGAAAAAUUUCCUCGGUAUGCGAAGUGUUGCACUACUAACGGUGUGCACUUUCGUCGCCUUAUGCGCUGCUGCUAGCACGAAAAAAUUUUCCAGAGGUUUUCCAUUCCCACCUCACCUGAUCGGCACCAAUUACUCGGCAAUGAACGAUUUACAAGCGUACAAGGAGAAGUACGAUCCCGUGGAUCUUGGAAUCGAUUUGCUCGACGACCACGCGCCCGAGUACAUCAGGAGAGCGCUGGGAGAGGCCAGUCUCUCCGAUCCCGCUUACAAUCAAUACACACCCAAUGAUGGUACAGUGCGGCUACGAACCGCAAUCGCGGAUUUAUACUCGCCCUUGGUCGGCCAACCACUGAACCCCGCGGAAAACGUGUUGGUAACGAUUGGCGCGACCGAGGCUAUGCACUCGGCCAUCGUCGGCCACACCUUCGCCGACGACGAAUGGAUCCUCAUCGAGCCUGCGUACAGCAUGUAUUUGCCGAUGAUCAGGAUGGCUGGAGGUGUGCCGCGAUUCACCGCCUUGAAACUGAACGCGACCGGGGCUCCGGCCAGCGGUGACGACUGGAAAUUGGACCAAGAAGAGCUGCAGAGUUUGUUCAACGAGAGGACGAAGGGUAUUAUCCUGAACAAUCCGGUGAACCCGGUCGGCAAGGUUUACACGGCGGAGGAGCUGGAGUUCAUCGCGGAGCUGGCUCGGGAGCGCGACGUGCUCGUGAUCAGCGACGAGGCACACGAGUGGAUAACCCACAAGCCGCAUCGCAGAAUAGCUUCGUUACCCGGGAUGUACGAGCGAACGAUAACCGUGGGCUCGGCUAGCAAGUCGUUCAGCUUGGCCGGCUGGCGGAUCGGCUGGGCAUACGGCCAUCGGGACGUUCUCAACCACGUCAAGACGGUCCACAUGAACAGCGUGGAUUGCGCGCCUGCGCCCCAGCAGGAAGCCUUGGCCUUCGCCUUCGAGGAGGAAAUUCGUCAUUUCGGAUCGGCGCACUCCUACUUCGCGACGCAUCGGGAACACGUGAGACGCCUUCGCGACAUGCUCGUCGAAGCUUUCGCGGACGUCGGCUUGAAGCCCGUCGUCGCGAGCGGCGGAUUUUGCAUGCUGGUCGAUUGGACCCCUAUCAAGAGUCGAGUACCUCGGCUCGCCGGCUCUAUGGACUUCGCGAUGUGGUUCAUCAAGCACAUCGGGGUACUGGGCCUACCCGCAACUUCCUACUUUGGAGAAGAGCACAAAUCUAUUGGACAGGACUACGCGCGAUUCUGCUAUCACAAGAAGGUCGAUACGCUCGAGGAAGCGGCACGGAAAUUGAGCAAACUGAAAGGUCUCUUGUGA